AUAUGCGGUUAUUCCAAACCAAAACACAUUACAUUUCCCAGAUAUUUAACGUUAAUAUCCAAGUCUACCACCUUGAUAAUAUAAAAGCAUGUUAUUUCUCUUCGCCUGACCAAUCAAAUCAAAAUCCAAUCCACCGUUCAAACAUGGUAAAUCCAAUAUUUUCUCUAUACUGGGUGUGGGCCAUCUUCUUCUUUGCAAGUGAGAGUGAUGGAUUUCGAGAUCGUGGCGCAGUACUGGGCCACCAUUCUCCGCCAGCGAUCUUUGUGUUUGGGGACUCACUUAGUGACACUGGAAAUCUCAUGGCAGCAUUUCCGUUCUUGGCAGAUGCAGAGAACUCACCAUACGGAUCGACCUUCUUCCAUGGCCCUUCUGGGAGAUAUUCCGACGGUCGAUUGAUUAUUGACUUCAUGGCUUCAAAAUGGGGAUUUCCUUUUGUGGAACCUUAUUUCGAGAAUAUUGUCCCAAACUACAGACGUGGCAUCAAUUUUGCAGUCUCAGGAGCAACGGCUAGAAAUGUCACGGAACCCAUACCUUUCUUCCUUCCUCUCCAAACGGAUCAGUUCGUCAGAUUCAAAAGAAGCGUUAAUGCGUCCUUGAAUUCCGAGCACAAAUCAGAUUGCUUAGUUUCACACGUUCCAGAAGUGAAGUCAUUCGAGGAUGGGUUAUACAUGAUAUUCAUUGGUGUUAAUGACAUCCUCAACAGUCUCUUCUUGAAUGCUUCAGCCCCACCCUUUGUAAUGGAGGAGAUCGUGCCACGUGUCAUCUCCUCAAUCUUCAAGGCCGUACAAGAUCUCUAUAAAGAAGGGGCCAAGAAUUUCAUAGUCUUCAACAUCCCAGCCAUUGGAUGCACCCCAAUGGUACUGACCCUAGGAUCAUCAGGACCCUUCAAUUCAACGGAUGGAUUGGGGUGUCUCAAAGACUACAAUCAGGUGGCAAGAUACUCGAACAAUGAGCUGGAGAAGGCACUUGCAAUCCUCACUCACCAGAUUGAACAUAUCAACAUCAUGGUCGCAGACAUCUAUGGCUUCAUGUUGAAAACCAUAGCCAACCCAGCCAGAUAUGGAUUUGAUGAUAGGGCGAAAUUCAAGGCCUGCUGUGGAUUUGGUGGUGACCCAUUUAAUUACAACCCUCUGGUUCCUUGUGGGGGAAACCCAGCUGCCAAAGCAUGCAGUCAACCAAGCAAGUAUACGAGCUGGGAUGGCUUACAUUUCACUGAUGCUUUUAACCAUCGGUUUGUAGAGGAAAUGAUGAAAUCCACACCGUUCCCUAAGUUCUACUAAGAAACUGUUGCCACUCGAAU